GGACACACAAGCAGGAAUAUCUCAGAAGGACAUCUAAUGUUAUCCCCGGAUUGUGACAUAAAAGAUAAUGACAGUAGACAGGAUUCUCCAGGAGAUAACCCCAUUACCCCAAUUAUACAUCCAGCUCUAUCAGCUGAUCCCUCUGAUCCUGGGAAAUGUUCUCCUGAUCACUCUGAUAUUGGUGCAUUUGUUACAGCUCUGACAGUAGAAACAGAGUUUCCCUGUUCUAUAGAUACCAAAUGUUUUACACAGAGCACAAAGCAUAUUACCCAUCAGCCAGCUAAGGCAGGUGAGAGGCAAUUUCCAUGUUCUGAGUGUGGGAAAUGUUUUACAGAUAAGUCAAAUCUUGUUAUACAUGAGAGAGUACAUACAGGUGAGAAACAAUAUUCCUGUUCUGAGUGUGGGAAAAGUUUUUUACAGAAAUCAGAUCUUGUUACACAUCAGACAAUUCACACAGGUGAGAGGCCAUUUUCAUGUUCUGAGUGUGGGAAAUGUUUUUUACAAAAAUCAGUUCUGGUUAGACAUAAGAGAACUCACACAGGUGAGAAGCCAUUUUCCUGUUCUGAGUGUGGGAAAUGUUUUUUAAAUAAAUCAAAUCUUAUUACACAUCAGAGAAGUCACACAGGUGCGAAGCCAUUUCCAUGUUCUGAGUGUGGGAUAUGUUUUUUAAGUAAAUCAAAUCUUAUUACACAUCAGAGAAGUCACACAGGUGAGAGGCCAUUUCCAUGUUCUGAGUGUAGGAAAUGUUUUUUACAGAAAUCAGAUCUUGUUAAACAUCAGAGAAGUCACACAGGUGAGAGGCCAUUUCCAUGUUCUGAGUGUGGGAAAUGUUUUUUACGUAAAGGUCAUCUUGUUAUACAUCAGAGAAGUCACACAGGUGAGAGGCCAUUUCCAUGUUCUGAGUGUGGGAAAUGUUUUUUUAGUAAAGCACAUCUUGUUGCACAUCAGAGAAGUCACACAGGUGAGAGGCCAUUUCCAUGUUCUGAGUGUGGGAAAUGUUUUUUACAGAAAUCAGAUCUUGUUACACAUCAGAGAAGUCACACAGGUGAGAGGCCAUUUUCAUGUUCUGAGUGUGGGAAAUGUUUUUUACAAAAAUCAGUUCUGGUUAGACAUAAGAGAACUCACACAGGUGAGAAGCCAUUUUCCUGUUCUGAGUGUGGGAAAUGUUUUUUAAAUAAAUCAAAUCUUAUUACACAUCAGAGAAGUCACACAGGUGCGAAGCCAUUUCCAUGUUCUGAGUGUGGGAUAUGUUUUUUAAGUAAAUCAGAUCUUAUUACACAUCAGAGAAGUCACACAGGUGAGAGGCCAUUUCCAUGUUCUGAGUGUAGGAAAUGUUUUUUACAGAAAUCAGAUCUUGUUAAACAUCAGAGAAGUCACACAGGUGAGAGGCCAUUUCCAUGUUCUGAGUGUGGGAAAUGUUUUUUACGUAAAGGUCAUCUUGUUACACAUCAGAGAAGUCACACAGGUGAGAGGCCAUUUCCAUGUUCUGAGUGUGGGAAAUGUUUUUUUAGUAAAGCACAUCUUGUUGCACAUCAGAGAAGUCACACAGGUGAGAGGCCAUUUCCAUGUUCUGAGUGUGGGAAAUGUUUUUUACAGAAAUCAGAUCUUGUUACACAUCAGAGAAGUCACACAGGUGAGAGGCCAUUUCCAUGUUCUGAGUGUGGGAAAUGUUUUUUACAGAAAUCAGAUCUUGUUAGACAUCAGAGAACUCACACAGGUGAGAAGCCGUUUCCAUUCCCUGAGUGUGGGAAAUAAAUCAGCUCUUGUUGAGCACAUUAGACAUUACCCAAGUGAGGAACCAUUUUAAUCUUCUGGAGUAUAUUUAUCACUGUCAUGCAUUGUUCCUCAAGGUUCUGUCCUAUCUCCUAUACUUUUUGCAUCUACAUGCUGCCACUGGGUGAAAUAAUAAGACGUCAUGACCUGGCCUACCACUGCUAUGCAGAUGACUUGUCUUCUGCUCCAUGUACUGAGAACCAAACACCAAUCCUAAGUGGGAUGGUAAUGAUAUCCCAGCGGAUGGAAUGCUGGCUGUGUCAAUAUACCAACAGCGGCAUCCCGGCUGCCAGAAUACCGGCAGUGCUCGCUAUGCUGCAGGCUUGGUGGCUCGUUGCGCUCAUCACAGUUUUUAUUCCCACUCUAUGGGUGUCGUGGACACCCACGAGUGAGAAUAGCUGUGGCGAGUGCUAUUGACAUUCCCGGCUGUUAACUACAUCCCAUCCUAAAUGGUUGUGUAGCUGAGCUCCAGGGGUGGAU